CGGAGAGGAGGAAGUCCGUCAAAGCUGCAUAUUACGGUCGAUGUUCUGUGCGGGUGGCGUCGUUUUUCUGACCCCAAUGUUUAGCAGCCAUGAGGUGAAUGAGAAACACUCGUCGGAGGUUCUUUACAGCGGGAAAAGCUGUAGGUGAUGUCCAGAUCUUAGACACGGUCACAAUCUCCCUCCCACCAUGGACUCAAAGAAGCCGGGCCUACUGCAGCAUCUCCGCCAGAAGAUGCUGCCACACCGCCGGCGAGGCAAGACGAACCAAAGCAAGCAGCUCGUUCAGCUGGAACACACCAUGGACCAUCGGAUGAGCUCCUCCGUACCCGACAUGAGGGACAUGAGGCAGGAGUACGCUCAAGUCUCCUCCGUCUCGCAGCUCCAACAGUACAACUCUUCCAGCUACAGCAACCCCUCCACACCGCUUGUCAAGCCUGCCAGAGGCCCGGGAGGAGGUGGGAGUGGCCUGAUGAUGAGAGUAGUUGGUGGAGGAGCUGGGAGGCGUAUGCCUGCUGACUGCACGGACUGGGCUUCCUCCCAGGAGUCAUUCAACAGUCUCUGUGGGGAGGAGAGGAGCUCUCCAGAGACAAACUACAGACCUGCCAGGGGCAUGGAGCCUGAGGAGCUGGGCCUGCCAGAGAUGAUGACCGUCUACAGUGCAGAGCCUCCCUCUGUGGAGGUGUCCCAGGACGACUCACAGUAUGAUAAUCAAGAUUUCGACGGCCUCGGGGUAAAAGACGGGGACAACCAAAAUUCUGAGGUGGGCAACGACACUCUGAGUGUGUCGUCGAGCAUCAAGGAUCCACCCAGGUCCUUCCUGCUCACCAUCACCCUGAAGGAAGGACGCAACCUGGUCAUCAGGGACCGCUGUGGUACCAGCGACCCUUAUGUGAAAUUCAAAUUAGACGGGAAAACAUUCUACAAAAGCAAAGUAAUUUAUAAAGACCUCAACCCCAAAUGGAAUGAGACCUUCUCCCUACCUGUGAAGGAUCUGAACCAGAAGCUGUACACCAAGGUAUACGACCGUGAUCUGACAACAGAUGACUUCAUGGGCUCCGCCAGCGUCCUCCUGAGUGAUCUGGAGAUGGACAAGGUCAACGAUCUGUCUUUGCCCUUGGACGACCCGAACAGCCUGGAGGAGGACAUGGGCCAUGUGCUGGUGGACAUGAGUCUGUCACUCAGAGAUGGAGACAGCAAAAGAGGCCCUCGGUGGACCCAAAAAAGAAAACGAAGUAUUAGGUCGGGAAGCUCUUCUCAGAGCUUUCGUCUGUCAGAGACUCUGAGGAAGAGUCAGCUGUGGACUUCUGUUGUGUCUGUGACUCUGGUCGAGGGUCAGGAUCUGCCGCUGGACACUCAGGGAGGUCAGGUCUUUGUUCGCUUCAGACUGGGAGAGCAGAGAUACAAAAGCAAGAAUAACUGCAAAGUGCCCAACCCUCAGUGGAGAGAGAGGUUCACCUUAAACCAGUUCUUGGACAGGCCAGACGUCCUGGAGGUGGAGCUGUGGUCCAAGGAAGGACGAAGGAACGAGGAGUGUUUGGGAACGUGUGACGUUGACCUGUCCAAGAUACCUUUCAAUCAGAGACAGCUGUUGACCCACACCCUGGACCAGGGGAGAGGACGCUUGGUCUUCCUGCUUACACUGAACACAUGCAGCGGCGUCUCCAUCUCUGACCUCUGUGCUGCACCGCUUGAUGAACCUCAUGAACAAAAGAACCAGCUGGACAACUAUAGUUUGAAAAGGACCCUGAAAAACCUCCGUGAUGUUGGUUUGCUUCAAAUCAAAGUUAUCAAAGCUACAGAUUUACUGGCUGCUGAUUUAAACGGAAAGAGUGAUCCCUUCUGUGUGUUUGAGCUGGGGAACGACAGACUGCAGACCCAAACGGUCUACAAGAGCCUCAACCCAGAGUGGAAUAAAGUCUUCACCUUCCCUGUCAAAGACAUUCAUGAUGUUCUGGUGGUGACUAUCUUUGAUGAGGAUGGAGACAAGGCGCCAGACUUCCUGGGAAAAGUUGCCAUUCCCCUGCUCUCGAUCCGCAGGGGACAGCAGAUUGCCUUGCCACUGAAGAAAGAGGACUUAGGAGGGCUGUCGAAGGGGAGCAUCACUCUGGAGCUGGAGGUUAUUUUUAACCCUGUUAGAGCGAGUAUGAGAACUUUCCAACCAAGGGAGAGAAUAUUCAUCGAGGAUAAUCCAAAGUUUUCCAAAAAGGUUCUGGCCAGGAACGUGCUGCGCGUACAGACGCUGUACAGGGCGAUCGUGUCGACUCUGCAGUACAUCAAAAGCUGCUUCCAGUGGGAGAGCGUUCAGAGGAGCCUGCUAGCCUUCCUGGUGUUCUUGGUGACGGUGUGGAACUGGGAGUUUUACAUGCUGCCCCUCUUCCUGGUCCUGCUCAUCUCAUGGAACUACCUCCAGAUCCGGUCCGGUCGGGUCACUCAAGACUUGGACAAUAUGGAUUUGGGGGAUGACGAUGACGAUGACGAGAAGGAGUCGGAGAGAAGAGGGCUGAUGGAGAAAAUCCACAUGGUCCAAGAAACUAUCAUCACGCUUCAAAACCUGCUGGACGAGAUGGCCUGUUUUGGGGAAAGGAUUAAGAACACUUUCAACUGGUCGGUGCCGUUCCUGUCCGGUCUGGCUUUCCUGGUGUUUGUGAUUGUAACAAUCCUCACGUACUACUUCCCUGUUCGCUACAUGGUUUUAAUAUGGGGUAUCAAUAAAUUCACCAAGAAAUUACGGAACCCGUACAGCAUUGACAACAAUGAAGUGCUUGAUUUCCUGUCGAGGGUGCCUUCAGAUGUGCAGAAGGUUCAGUACAGUGAGAUGAGAGGCAACAGGAAGAAGAAACUGUCGUAGUUCCUACUUAAAACAGUUUCCAGAGGAUCUGCAUGUCUUGGGGUGCGUGGUAGGUUUGAAUCUUAAUUUGCUGUGGUGAUGCACAGUUCAGCACCGCUCAUGUCAACCACCACCUAAAAGACCUUUCAGCCAAAGAAAUCCAUUCUGAGGACCCCCGCAGAGAUACGGAGCAGCAAUUUGUAAUAUUAUUUCCAAAGAUUGUAUGUACAGUUUAUUCUUUAAUAUAAUCAUAAGCUGCUUUGUUUUAUAUGUCCUGGCCCCAGGUUGUGUCCUCCUGAAACCAGACGAAAUAUCAGUUUGUAUUAUACUAAAUGUAUAUUCUCGGUAUGUAACAUUUGUUUGUAUAUUUUUACAUUAUUUACAUUGUGCAAACUUUUACUUCCAAAAUGGAAACUUCAACAUGAAAGUAAAUUUAAUUAUGGGAUACUUUAUACUUUAUUAUACUUUAAGUCAUAAUAAGGGCAUUUUCUUAAAUAUAUAUAUAUAUAUAUUUUAAAGUACAAGGUAUUUGUGUUUUUAAAUAUUAUGAUGAAUUUCAGGUAACAAUUAUUGAGCCUUUCCUAUGUCCAUACAGCAACAAUAUUCUGUAUCCUAUUCUUUUGUUUCUUGAAAAUGGAAAAAGAGCUAUGUGCUUGACUGAUUUAUUUUACUUUAACGUGACUGUAUGGACUUUUCUACAUACAAAGAUAAGUGCCUGCAUUUAGUUAUUCAUUCAUCCUGCAUAGAGGAUGCACUGAACUCUGUUGUAUUUUACCUUUUGCUUGUGAGUGGGAUGGGGUCAGAUCUGUACACAGGAAACUUUUAUUUAUUAAUGAUAAUCACUGAUGAAGAUUUUCUCUCAUUUCUAACCUCAAUAAAUGCACACAACCACA